UGACAGUUCCAAGUCUGGAGGCAAAGUUUGACAUAAGACACAACUUUCAUAACGUAUGAGACCAUUUUAAAUAAAUAAAUGUUAUGGAACAUAAUUCUCAGACCCGGCUCACGUACUAUUACUAAGUCUUUUUUUAAUAAUAUCGCUAUUUUUAAAAUGCCUUUCUAUGCUGUAGCGAAGGGACGCACAGCUGGAAUUUAUAUGACAUGGCCGGAUUGCGAAGCACAAGUAAAAGGUUUUCCAGGUGCGAGAUACAAAAAAUUUGAUUCUGUCGUUGCUGCCCAGGAGUUCAUUACGACACAGGGUAACAAUAAAGAUAAGUCUAGUAAAGUCAAACAAAACGUCCCGUCUAGUUCUCCCAAAAAUAACACUAACCUCAAAAGAAAUUUCUCUACUUCUGCAACCCAUCAAAACAAUGACGAUAUUCCGAAGAAAAAAUCAAAAUCGAAUCGGAAAUCUAAAAGCAGCAAAGAUUCAGAUUCAGAGAUGUCGGAUGAUUUGAAUGAUAUAUUAAUCAAACAGAUGAAUGACAUUGAAAAAAGGUUGAAGGGUUUUGGAAAAGGCGUCGAUAAAAUUAUUAAGAAGAGCGCUAAAGGUGAACGUAAAAGUAUACUGAUUGAACCACAGGGUAUGCAAGGUUCGGGUGAUAAUUCAGAAGAUUUUAAAUUGGAUGAAGAUGGUUAUGUUCAAGUGUUCACUGACGGAGCUUGUUCAUCAAACGGGAAGAACGGUGCCCGAGCUGGUCUCGGAGUGUUCUGGGCUGAGGGGCACCCUUUAAAUAUUAGUAAACCAGUCUCUGGACGAGCCACAAAUAAUUGCGGAGAAAUCCAGGCAGCUACAGAGGCUAUAAGAACUGCAGUAGACAAUGGAAUUACCAAACUGGCCAUAAAUACUGACUCCAAAUUUCUUAUAAAUUCAGUUACAAAGUGGAUUUCAGGUUGGAAGAGAAAAGGGUGGAAACUAGCAUCAGGGGAGCCGGUGAAAAAUGAAAAAGACUUCAAAGAGUUAGAUAGUAUUCAGAACAAAAUUGACAUUAAAUGGAUCUAUGUUGAAGCACAUCGAGGCAUACACGGAAACGAAAUGGCCGAUCAGCUGGCCAAGGCUGGAGCUGCUAUGUAUAAUAAAUAAUAUUACUUUAUACUUAUAAAUAAUUAAGAAUAAACUAUAUAAGUGAAUGAUUUGUUAAAUAACAAACUUGCAUCCUUUCUUCACUUUAAUAACCAAAUAUUCUUUCUAUUCUCUUUCAAUGAUAACUCGCUACUGUUAUAUUUCAGUAUUCUAUUUAAUUUAUCUUGUACACUGACAUUUUUAACUGUGAUAUAAAUAUAAUUUAAGAUUUUCUUUAAAAUAAACAAAUGUCACUGUAA